UCUGGCUGAGAGCGUCGAGCGACUUCGACAGACUCAGGCAGCGGCCUCAGAUCUCUAUUCAUUUCAUUCCUCAGUGAGACACGGUCGCGUGCACAAGUUCCAAGCGGUCGAAGAUCCGAAGACUCAAGAGAUCCGAUCUAAGCCAAGCCAAGAAGGCCAACGAAUCAGCAGACAUUGGGCCACAGCAGCUCAUUAGCAUUCAACGGCUGAAAAGAUCUAUAAAUACGCAUAGUGAAUGCAAAACGGAAACCUGAAAAUCAGAAUCCCAUGACGCCAUAUUUGUUUUUUGACUUGAUUGAGCGCCCGACUCCACUGUGUAAGUGAGUCUCAAUCGCAAUCUCGAGUGUCUCGUCGCUAGUGAGUGUGUGUUGAGGGUACGCGAGUGUGUGACUGAAGCUUGGGACGCAGCAGACGACGGAGAAGCUAGGCCAGCCAUCGAAACUAGUGAAUUAUUCCAAGUGACACAACGGCAUUACGAAUUCUUUGAGCCAAAUUUCGGGAUCGAGAAUAAAAUUGAAAAUUGAAAAGUCUAGCCGAGCCCAGGGCUGGCCUGUGUGUGUGGCUCUGUCUACACCGCUAUGGACGAGUGUGCGUGUGCCCCCGCGUGUGUUGGUGUUUCCCCGAUAUUGUGUGUCAGUGUCCGUGCUUGUGUGCCCGUGUGGCUGUGUCUGUGAGUGCCCAAGAAAUACCCGCUUACAUCAGCGAAAAGUUAAGAACGAACACACACACACACACACACACAGACUUGGCUAACACACAGAGCAAAACCAGAAAAUCCACAUUGUUCGGGUUCGGGUUCGGUCUCCGUCGCCGUCGCCGUCGCCGCGCCUCCGUCACUGCCCCUGCCCCUGCCUGCUACCAGCAGCAAGCAACUCGAAGCUCCACUACGUAGCGAUCGAAACGUAAGCCAUCCAUUCGGUUGUUGAGGCCCUUUGUUCUGGGCACAAGGAAUUUUCGAAUCUUCCAAAUACUUCUGAGAAUGGGAGACUCCACGCCCAUUUGCCGUUGCCGCGUGCUCUAUUUGGGUAGCGCAGUGCCGCGCCAGAGCAAGGACGGGCUCCAGGGCAUUCAGGAGCCGCUGCGCAGUCUCUACCCCUCGGAGGGGGCCGUGGGCGCCAAGGGCAUCGACAGCUGGCUGAGCGUCUGGUCGAACGGCAUUCUGCUGGAGAACGUGGACGAAAACCUCAAGCAGAUCACGCGCUUCUUCCCAAUCGAGUCCCUCCACUACUGCGCAGCCGUGCGGCAGGUGCUCAUUCCGGAGCGCGGUAACGCUCAUCCGGAGCCGAAGUUCCUGCCACUGGAUUCGCCCUUCGCCCGCAUGCCACGGGCCCAGCAUCCCCCCAUCUUCGCCGCAAUCCUACGCCGCACCACUGGAAUCAAGGUGCUCGAGUGCCACGUGUUCAUCUGCAAACGGGAGGCUGCGGCCAACGCUCUAGUCAGGUGCUGCUUCCACGCCUAUGCCGACAACUCGUACGCCCGCCAGCUGGAGACGGGCAGCACGACGGGUGGAGGUAGCAGCAGCGUCUACGGCACACUAAAGAGUGCCGCCGGCAGCAAGUCCAACGGCGACCUGGCCAGCGUCGGACUGGCCAAUGGAAGCGGACAUGGAAGCCAUCAUCUGGCCCUCGCCGCCCAGGGCGGCUGGAGGUCCCGAGCCGGCAGCACAACGACGCUAAACAGCCUGGGGCGCGCAUCCAACGGUCAUGGCCCGAACGGCAUGAACGGCGGCAGCACUGGCAGUGCCGCGGAGGGCUACACGUCCGUCAAGAACUUUUACGGGAGCAGCGCUGACCUGAACGUGACCGGGGACGACGGCGAUGCUUCGCUGUACAACGGGGAUGAGAACCACAAGGUGUGGAGUGGGUCCCAGGAUCAGCUGGACAGCAUCGGGGUGCCCGUUGAGAGUCCGUACGAGAUGUUCACAGGAAACACCUCCACCCUGGGCAGGCCGCUGCGGGCCCGCCAGAUUAGUGCCCCCAUCGAUGUACCUCCGCCCCCCGUCAAGGAGGAGCGCAAGCAGAAGCGCGACAAGAAGUCGUCCAAGUCCAGCGGGAGCCAAAGCCUGUCGGGCACCCUCAUCAGACCGAAGCCCAUGCACCCUGCCGCCAUGCAUCGCUCUGGCCUUCAGAGCUCUGCCGGUCCCGGCAGCGUCAUCUACGGGCCUGUGUCCGGACACGGACACGGACUCGGGCCGCACUCUGCCCGCUAUCACACCAUCAGUCAUCGGGGUUUCCCCCCCGGUCCACCGCCACCCAGUCACCUGGCCCACCAUCCGCCGCAGCUUACGCAUCAACACCAUAUGAUGCACCAUGCGGCACACCAACACAUGGGCGGCAUGCCACCCCUUCAAAUCCCUGUCAUGCUGCCCCAGCAGUACGCAACACUGCAGCCAUCGCGCUCGACCAGCAAAAAGAAGAAGAAGGACAAGAAGAACGGUGGAGGCGGAGUUCCCGUGGGAAUGCCCAUAGUGCCCCCCAUAUAUGCCUACCACCAGCAGCAGGCCAUGGGUGGCGUCCCGCCGCCGCAGAUGUCGCAGUCGAUGAUUGGGGAGCCGCGUCCGCUGGGAAUGUCCAGUCGGAAAAUGGCGGCGUCGAUGGGCAACGGGCUGGAUGACUCUGGCAACUCGGGGGCCGAGUCCCCGUCGCCAGGAGGCACAGGAAUUUACAAGUAAGUCUUUCGUUGCAGCGCAAGGGGCACCUGAACGAGCGGGCCUUUAGCUAUUCCAUCCGCCAGGAGCACCGCAGUCGCAGCCACGGAUCGCUGGCCAGCCUGCAGUUCAACCCAC